UGAUUCAAAGGAACUGGUAUGGAGAGAGACAGAGAAAAACAGAAGAUGAUGCUGGAAAAGUUAAAGACGGCGGCUUCUAUGAAGGCAUGUUACCAAGGCUUUGAUCCUGUAGCUUAUCUGCACUAUAACUACACUCCACCCCGAGCAGACUUUGAACGGAAAAGUAGCAUUGUGCCAUGGAAACUCAGCUGUCUGCACAGAGCCUUUACUGAAGAUGAUAUAAGAGGGGACAUUUUAGUUGAUGUGGGAUCUGGCCCCACUCUUUACCAGGUCAUGAGUGGCUGUGAGAGAUUUGAUCGUGUCAUCCUGUCUGACUUUUUGGAGGUGAAUCGAAGAGAGCUGCAAAACUGGUUACAGGAGGGAAAGAGUAGUAUAGACUGGACUUCUUACUUCAAGUAUGUGUGUGAACUGGAGGGCCGCAGUUCAUCGGCUUGGGCAGAGAAAGCUACACGUCUUCGCUCAGUUGUGUCUAAUGUGCUGCCCCUUGAUGUACACCAGUCCUGCCCAUUAUCACCAGGGUUCUUGCCCCCUUCUGGAGCUGACUGUCUGGUGUCAUCUUUCUGCCUUGAGAGUGUAAGCCAUGACUUGCUUUCCUUCACCAAUGCCUUAGGCCACAUCUCCAGCCUGCUUAAAAAAGGUGGAUACCUCCUACUUAUUGGUGCCCUGGGAGAGAGCUUCUACAUGGGUGGGCCAGGGCUGUACAUCCCUGUGGUCCCUCUGGAUGAGUCUCAGGUCUGUGCUAGUCUGAAGGCCCAUGGAUAUGAGCUGUUGCAGCUUUGUAUUUACCACCUGCCACCAGACAUGAAGGUGGGGGUAGAUGAUGUCACUGGUGUGUUCUUUGCAAAAGCAAAGAAAGCUUAAAGAAUUUUAGUUGAAGUAUACAUGGAUUGGAAAGGUAGGGAAUUAAUGUGUUCUUUUUAAUGCUUCACUUUUACUAUGAUUAAAAGAUAUUGAAAGCAAUCAUAUUUGUCAGCAUUUGAAAGUAAAAAAUGUUGGUCAAAUGACAUAAAUGCAGAAUGAUUGCUAAUGUUUGAUUUCACUCGUUAAAAUUCACCCCACGUUCAUUGCAGCUAAACUCAGCAAAAGUCCCUUUUUCAGAAUUCUGUAUUUUAAAGAAAAUUUAAUAAAAUCCUUUAUAGACCUUUAAUGGAAAGUGUUUAAACAAUAUUUUUCAUGCUUGUUCAGUGAACCAUAAACAAUUAUUGCACAUGAACCUGUGGAACACUCAAAGGGUUAGUUCACCCAAAAAUGAAAAUACUGUUAUUUUAAUUACUCAUGUCAUUCCAAAGCCGUAAGACUUUCAUUCAUCUUCGGAAUACAAAUGAGGUUCUUUUUCAUGAAAUCUGAGAGCUUUCUGUCCCUCCGCUUCAACAAGUUCAUAAAGAGAUUAUAAAACUAAUCCAUAUGAAUUUUUUUUUUUUUUUAAUUAUUAUUCUGAUUUGGGCCACGUCCAUAUGUGGUCAGAGAUUUUGCAAUGCAACCAUAGUCUGAACACUCAUUUAUGCAAUAUUUACGUCACUCUAGAACAACAUAUGUCACAAUUCUGGGCUCAUGGGAGUCACUUCAACGAAUUUACAUACCCGAAGUUAUCAAAACAGUUGUGAAAGGUAGUCAACGGAAGGACAGUGAUGUGUCAGAACUUGUAAGUAUUCCAGUGACAGCUCUAUAUACAAGCAAAACAUGAGGGCUAGUAUCAUAAAUGUUUAAAAAAAGGCAGAUACUUGUUUAAUUCCGUAUGACAACGUGCUGUGUGUAAUCUUUUUUUCAUUCUUUUGUGCAUGCGGGUCAGUCCCGACAGAUGAUCUGUUUACACUGGAAUCUGAUAUUGGCCACAUUUAAAACAACAAUGUGAUAAAAAAAAACUAUAUAACAACUAUAUAAAAAAAAAAUGUGAUCUGAGCAAUAUAUCAGAAUUCAGCACAAAGGCUCGCUGUGUGAGCGUAGCCUAAUUGAUGCUUCCGCAUUAGAGAGAAAACAUGUGCAUCCUAUACAGAAGUCUUGUUUGUUGAACAACCUGACAUAUGCCACGUUCUGUAUUAUACAUGCCAGACCAGUAGUUGGCAAUCUCACUUUGUUAACUCACAGCAAAAACAAAAUGUUGUGCUUUUUGCAAAAUAAAGAAAAUGAACAUGAUGCACGAUCUGCCAUCUCUGUCUGAAUGAAGUCCAUUCUGAUUUUUUCCUCAGAGAAUUUUAGUUCACGUAUCUCAGCACAUUAGUGGAUUAUUUAAUAAAGGUAACUAUAUUCUCAGCAUCACAGCAGACUUAUGCCUAAACUAUAGUUGUUUACUUACUUUAGGUAACAGUUUAUAAUGUUCUCGUUAGUAUGCACGUUUUGUGAGUUCAGCUCAUCCUCUUCCUUUGUACCUUGCGAUGUAACAACUAAUAAAUGUGUAUAAAUGUGUCUGUGGACAUAAUGUUAUUGUAACCUAGACGUAUUGAUAUGUGUUUCCAUGCUAU